AAACAAAAAUGGUGUAAUAUUUCGUCUUUAUUACAACGGCAACAUCAAACUAAUAGCACAGAAUAGAUACGUAUACAAUCCUUAUUCUGUGCUAAUAGUUUACAAUGCAGGCUGCGAAACUUUUAUAAAGUUAUUUACAAGCGAAAGUGACAGUUACGUAGUUAGAGAACCAAAAGACUCAACAAUUAGGCGGUAUACUUACGUUUAAAAUAGAGAUAAUUUCUUACAAGGUUUGAGAGCACUAUUUAGUUGUAGCAUAUUGUGUUUUAUCAAAAGCGUUUCUAAGAUGAGAAGUUGGUUAAGAUUAUUAUUAUUACAGCGAUAUAAGAUUUUGGUAAUACUUGGAAUCAUAUUACAAGGAUUAAAUGGCACGUGUGUAAGAUCGGGGUCGGAAUCAACGUCAGGAAGUGAGAAAAGGUGUGAGAUGUAGUUGGCGUCUGGGCAAAUAAGUAAAUGUUGCGACAUAGCACUAGAAUUGUUGUAAAGGCCCGUUUACACGAGCAAUUUUAAUAUGACAUUUUUAUUCGACAAAUAUAUUUGACCGUGUAAACGACACAAAAUAUAUGUAAAUAGAUCUGUUCGCAUAGAGAUUGAUGUAUUGCGCCCAUUGUAGUGAUGAACAGUUUCAUGCCGACACUUCAUUUUACGACGUACGUUUAAUGCAAUGUUUGUGCAAAAUGGCGCUGAUCAAGGCCGAAAAACUUCAAGCAGUAGCUAUAAUUACAUCUCUAAUACUGCACGAAGUGAAAAAAACGAAAGUCACGACGAUGGUGGGUUAAACCGUGGAAAACUGCGCAGCGCCGAUAUUAGGGUUAGCACAAAAUUUAAUUCAAGAGCUCCGAGUGAAUAACCAGGAGCGGAUCUAGACCGAUGCAACCGAUGCGAAUGCAUCGGUCAAAAUAUUUAGAUAUUAAAAUCUGCGAGUUUGCAUUUUAAUGAAAUAAAUAGCAAAUAUUAUUUUCGAAUUAUUUAAAACGCACAUUUGACAGUGAUAUAUUGUUUAGUUAACUUAUAGAUUUAGCAGUUUUAAGCUAAAAUUUGUUCUAGAAAUAACAUUUGUGUUCUCCGAUAAUUUUGUCGUAUUCCAUGACACAAAUAGCGAAAGAAAAGUCGAUAAAAUUUAGCGAAAUUUUGUCGUGAAUACAUAAUUAGUAAUUAAUUUAAUAGUAUUCUGCCAGCACGUCACGGUAGAUGGAAGAGGCAUCGCUACGUCACAGUAGAUUUGCGAUGCAUCGGUCGAUGCAUCGGUCCCGAGUCCUUUUCCGCGUGAAAUCUACUGUGACAUCAGCAAAACCAUUGUUUUAGGGCCUACGUCACGGUAGAUUUUGCCGCUGAGCGAUGCAUUUUCCAUAAUUUUGUGAUUGUGGGCACAUGGCACCGAUGCAUUCAACUUUGAACUUCAAAGUUGAAUACAUUGUUAUUUGAUCACUUGAUAUAACUCGCAAUCAUCGAUUGAAGUCAUGGCUGUCGAGAAUAUCAAACACGAUCUGUGUACUCUGCUUCGAGAAGAGAAGUCAUUUGAUAUUAAUGGAGUGCGUCGAACCUAUGAAACGAGAGCUGCUACUUUUAUUUCAAAAUCCUCUCCUUGGAAUCCCUUUUCAAAGGGUAAAAAUGGGAGAGAUAUGUCAAGUGAAAUGUUAAUACCUAAGCACUUGACAGUUCAUUGGCAAAGUGGAGAACUAAGAGCUUUAAAAACUAGAGGUGAUGGUAAUUGUCUGUACAGAGCCUGCUCAAAAUUACUUUGUGGCAAGGAAGACCUAUGUCAUUUGCUGAGAGACUUGACAAGCAUUGAGCUAUUCAAUCACCAGGAGUAUUAUGCUAACCACCCUUACUUAAAAGAUAAGUUGCAUUUUUUUAAGUCAGAAAAUACUGCUUUUUCUGCAUCAGUAUCAGAUGUGGCCUUAGGCAAUGGCUAUGAUAGGAAAAAUCCAAGCACAAAGGUAAUAGUAGUUAAAGAGGAAGCUCUAAAUAAUGCAUGCAAUGGUACUUAUUCUUCACUUAUGUGUAUAUUUGGUUUGUCUUCUGUCACUGGAAUGACUAUAAUUUCAGUUUAUCUCGAAAAGUUGGACCAGGAGACCAAAUAUUCACAAUUUCUAAAUGGUAAAAUUCUUCCACGGCAAGCACACCAACAUAUUUCAAGUCAACUUGUUCAGCGUGCUAAGUUAAUUUUAAUGUGGACAACUACUGGUGCUUAUUCUCUUCCAGAAUUAGAUAUAGAAUUUCAACCCAAUCAUUUUGUACCACUAAUUGAAUUUAAUCAAACUAAUAACUCAAGAGUUAAUAAUAAAAAAAAAAUUACUGACCACUUUAAAGUUGAUGUCUUACAGAAAAAUAAAAGUGGACUUGAGCAACAAAUAGACGCAACUUUGGUAGCACCUGCAAAAUCCUCACCAAGGGAAGACUUAGAUGGCAGCAGCUAUGAUUGCUUGAAGACUUCCUUAAAACGACCUCUUUCAUGCGACUUUGAAGAUGGAAAAGUAUCAAAUGCUUCUUGUCCCUUGUCAAAAUCUGUAAAAACUGAUAUGACAGAUGUUGAUCCCUUGGAUAUUGGACAUUUUGUAUCUGUGGCGGCCCUAGAUGACGACACAAAGCUAAGACUUAUAACAAAUCACUGGAAGCCUCUCCCUUCUUUCAAUUUUCCUUUUUCUGAGAAUGGUAAAUCUUCAAGAAAAUUUUGUGCUGGCUGGCUAGAUCGUUGGUCCUGGUUGUGCUACUCUAAAUUAUUUGAUGGAGCCUUUUGUUAUUAUUGCGUUUUGUUCGGUCAUCAAACAGGACAUAAUGGUUCAAAGCUUAGUAAAUUAUUUAAGGAACCCUUAAGAAACUGGCAAAGUGCGGCAACAAAAUUUUACCAGCAUGACAAAUAUUCCCUAAUUCACCGUGACUCCAAGUUACGUUUGUCGCAAUUCCAACGUGUGAUGAAAGGUAAAACUAUUGGCAUCGACGAACAAGCCGAUCAUCUUAGAAGUGCCCGCAUUCAAUACAAUCGUGACGUUUUAGGCUCUUUUAUUAAAACUAUUAUACUGGCAGGCAGACAGAAUCUUCCCUUACGAGGCCAUCGUGACGACUCAAAGUAUUUUCUAUCUUCUAAUCCUGGGAACUUUCAAGCCUUUUUGAAUUUUAGAGUAGACGCGGGUGACGCGAAACUAGAAAAACAUUUUGAAAAUGCAAGUAAGAAUGCAACUUAUCGUUCGAAGACAAUUCAAAACAAGCUGAUAAAGAUCUGCGGGGAACAAAUCAAAGAAAAGAUUGUUUCUGACAUCAAUUCUAGUGAAUGCCUAAUUUACUCAGUCCUUGGUGAUGAGGCAACAGACUGCAGCAGUAUCGAGCAGAUGCCAAUUGUUGUAAGGUAUGUUGACUCAAAGCAAGAAAUUAAUGAACGAUUUAUUAAAUUUGUUGAGUGUGAAGGAAUGACUGGCGAAGCGCUAGCGAAGAAUAUCGAAGAUACUUUAAACGAAGUUGGGCUACUACUUUCCAACUUUUGUGGUCAGUGCUAUGAUGGUGCCAGUGCAAUGUCAAGCAAAUCAAAGGGAGUUGCUGGUCGUAUUUUAAAGAAAAAUCCAAAAGCUUUGUAUAUCCAUUGCGCUAGUCAUCGAUUGAACCUUGUUGUUGCUAAAGCAUGUGGUGAGCAAACUGUCAAAAACAUGUUGGGGCAUGCUCAAAAGAUCUUCAGUUUCUUCAGCCCAUCCCCCCUACGAAUGCAGUGCUUGAGGCAGAAUAUGGAAAAGUCUGGGUUACGUCGUAAAAAGCUAGGAGCUCCAUCCACAACGCGUUGGGUUGAACGGAUACGUACACUUGAUGGAUUUGUGGAAGCAUUUGUACCUGUUUUUCAAAGUUUAGAGUACAUGAAGCUCAAUAUGAAUAAAGAUUUUGAUAAUUCAAGUAGGGACGCAGAGGGAUAUCUUCGUUCCAUAAAAUCUUUCGAAUUUAUUGUUAAUCUUGUGAUUACAUCAAAUGUUCUGCAUCACACAAUGUCGUUGACUGUCCAACUGCAGCAAAGGAUGAUCGAUAUCGCUGAAUCAAUUAAACAUAUAAAUCUUUUGAAGUCACAAUUAAAAAUUUUACGCAGCUCGGCUGAUACAAUUCAUGACCAGUACUACGAAGAAGCAGUGGAGUUAGCAAACAGAGUAAACGUUGAUGAAAAAAUUCCUCGACUUUGCAAUGUUCAGACAACUCGUGAAAACUAUCCUGCACAUACAGCACGUGAAUACUACCGCAUGAAACUAACCAUCCCUCUUCUUGAUCACUCGAUUGAACAGAUGGAAUUUCGGUUUUCUUCAGAGGUGUGCGAUAUUUAUCGUGGAUUCUAUAUUAUACCUAGUAUUUUUCUCAAUUGCAAGGACGUUAAUUGGAAGGAAGAGUUUAUGAAGUUUGCUGUUGCAUAUAAAGAGGAUAUGCCACACUUUCGGAAAAUACAUGCUGAAUUAGGAUUGUGGGAAACAAAUUGGAAAGGGGCUUUGAGAAAGUUAAGUACGAUUCAAUUGCCGACACGCUUCGAACUUGUAACAAACUUGCGUUUCCAAAUAUAUUUACAGCGCUUAAGAUACUCGCUGUUGUGCCAGUCACUACAUAAGAGUGUGAAAGAUCCGUUUCUGCCCUUCGUCGAAUGAAAACUUGGUUACGUAGCACAAUGAUCAACGAAAGGUUAAAUGGAUUAGCCCAAAUGCAUAUUAAUGAUGAUAUUAAGUGUGAUGUCGAAGAAGUGAUUAAUACCUUUCCUAGACAAAACCCAACGAGGAUACAAUUUCUUGAUAUCCUGGAGGAUAAAGAAACAGAUGCUUGACGAUGAGCUCCAUGAGAAAUUCUUAAUGCUGAUAAACAACAUACAUUUUCUUUGAGAGUUAUCUUGUUUUCAGCCGUUAUUGAGAGGACGAAGACCUCGUUUAAACAUUGAUUUUCUUAAACAUUUCAUCUUUGCUGUGGUUGGAAGAAGACGAUCUUUCAACAUUGCUUUUAUAAAUGUUGUCAUCUUUGCUGCCGUUAGAAGAAGACCAUCUUUGAACAUUGCUUUUAUUAAACUUUUCAUCUUUUUUACCGUUGGAAGAAGACCACCUUUGAACAUUGCUUUUAUCAAUGCUGUCGAUAAAAUUUACGCUUAAGAUUUUUCUGUCACCUUUCCCAAAUCGCUGGAAAAUGCUUCUCGGAUAGUGAAAAUUCAAAAAUUUUCUUGGGGAGCAUGCCCCCAGACCCCCCUAGCGGUGGCUCGGGCCUUCGGCGCUCGCAAUGCAUCGGUCAGCUAAGGAGCUGGAUCCGCGCCUGGGAUACGUAACGAAGCUCUGCACUUCAGAUACAACAAAUUGUAGUUACUUUGAGGUUCUUUGCUUCGGACAGUUUCGUACAAGUUGUACAAAAUAAUUGAAUUGUUGACAUGUCUAGAACGGUGAGAGCUUUAUCACUGGCAUUGAAUAGAACUAGGAAUCACUUUUAAAAAAUGGACAUCUUCCAUUGAUGAAAAACAAUUUAAUGGAUAAAAUAAAAACAAAUUUUUUUGCAACCUGGCUUUCCGUCUGUGAUUGGUAGUGUUGAUUGAACUCACAUUGCUAAUUAACCUUAUUUGAAUUCGCACGCUUUUAACCGAAGUUUUAAUGUCUUAUCCCAGGGUUAGUCAACCCAGCGCUUAACUCAGCUUUGAACAACGCAAUUUUAACAAGGGGGAAUUUCGUUUUGAGGCAAUCGGAGGUUUGUUUACAUUUUAAAAAUUAGCCAGUCAGAACUCGCAAAACGCAAAAAUGUAAACAAAUGGAGUCAGAAAAUUGCACUUUGAUUGUAGCCUUUGGUGAGCUACGUUUUUGAGUAAAUAAAUUUAGAAACCAAA